AUGCACCAGAAAAGGAUUGGAGAAGUACAAGAAAGGAUUGUGAAACAUACCCUUGUUCAAAUUCAAAUUCAAAAAGAGCUGGUGAAGAGAGUGAAGAGAGUGAGUGGUUGUUUCGGAGCAAACUGCAGUUGCUCAACAACAACAACAACAACAACAAACAACACAACCACACAACAACAACAACAACACAACAACAACAACAAAAACAACAACAACAACACACAACAAAACAACAAAACAACACAAAACACAACAACAACAACACAACAACACAACAACAACACAACACACAAACAACAAACAACAACAACACACAACAACAAACAACAAAACACAACAACAACCAAACAAAACAACAACAACAACAACACACAACAACACAACAACAACCAACAACAACAACACACAACAACAAACAAACGAACCACACCAAACACAACAACACAACAACAACAACAACAACAACAACAACAACAACACACAACAACAACAACACAACAAACAAAACAACAACACAACAACACAAACAACAACAACAACAAACAACAACAACAACAACAACAACAACAACACAACACAACACACAACAACAACAACAACAACAACAACAACAACAGUUUGCACCAACCGUAUCUUUCUGUUGGCACGAAGUUUUAG